UGCAGACGAAAGGAGACGGAAUACAAUAGGGGUCUGUGGGUAUCGACGACCUCCGCAAGUGUAUGCCAGAAUACCACCCGAUACACACUCACAUAAGUAGCAGCAUCAACAGCCGCAGCAGCAGCAGCAUCGCCAUGUUCUACGAGCCCGGAAAGACAGCACACGGCCUGCCUCACGACCCGUUCAAGGCGUGCGUCGUGCCCCGGCCCAUCGGCUGGAUCUCGACCACGUCCGGCACCACGCCGCCCCAGCAUAACCUCGCGCCCUACUCCCAGUUCAACAACCUCACCUUUGACCCGCCCUACGUCAUGUUCAGCGCCAACCAGACCCCGGGCCAGCAGCGCAAGGACAGCGUCGUCAACGCCGAGGCCACGGCCAAGUUCUGCUGGAACCUCGCCACAUGGGCCCUGCGGGAAAAGGUCAACAUCACCGCCGAGCAGGUGCCCUACGGGGUCGACGAGUUUGAGCGCGCAGGCCUGACCAAGUGCUUCUCGACCACGCUGCCAGGGGACGCCGAGCCCGGCAACGCGGUGCCCAUGGUGGCCGAGUCGCCGGUGCGGUUCGAGUGCGUGUACCACUCGACUAUACGGCUGCCGGGGAACCCGCCGAUGGGGUCGGUCGACGUCAUUAUUGGACGAGUGGUGGGCGUGUACAUUGCCGACGAGGUGCUGACCGAGGGCCGGCUGGAUGUGCGCAAGACGCUGCCGAUUGCGCGGUGCGGGUACUACGAGUAUGCGGUGGUGCGGGAGACGUUUGACAUGGUGAUUCCGGGCAUGAACGAGGCGACGCUGGCAGGGCUCGAGGGCAGCACAAAAAGGCACAAGGCACUGGUGGAGGCUGGCGCUGGUGGUGGUGAUGAUGAAGACUCGAGGGUGGAGUGAUGGUAAGAUGUCGAGAUGUCGAGAUGACGAGGGGAAUUGCAGAUGCUCGUGGCGUUGGUUAGAGGCUUCAUAGACUUGGACUGUUGUGAAGUGUGCGCGCUAGACGGAAGCGAGCAACAUCUAUGGAUGAGUAAGCAUAUCUGUGUAUUCAACCUCAGGC